AACUCUAUAAACGUAAUUCAAAGCAAUGACCCUUUUAUCGUAAAAUAUUUUAGUAGAAACAGGAUCGUUCUGUUUUUAGUUUUCUGUGUUUUCUGUGUCUUUUAUUAAACAUAGAAAUAUAUAAAUAUUCUUUUGCCAAUGUAUGGAUAAAACAUGAUUUUGUGAUCCUAAAUAUGUUUUAUUGAUUACUAUCUGUCACUGACUCUUUAUUUUAAAAUCAACAAUGAAUCCUAGGUUUAAAUUCCCAUAAAAAAGUACUGAAAUGCCGUCGUUAAGUAAAUUAGAUGCUAUAUAUCGCAGCAUUAUGCUGGCGAAGUUUUUUACGAAAGGUUGGGGCAAGCCUGAUAAUUUGAAAAGACUUUUUGCGUUUCGUAAAGUGAUAGCAAAUCGUGAGACAUGUCAACAUUUAGUGGAAUCUGAUUAUCCUGUUAUCAUUGACAAUGUUGAAAAGCAUCCUAAUUAUCAGAUUCUUGAUGGACAUUUACUUAGCCCUUUUGUGAAUCAUUUACCUGAAGUUGUUCCAGAAGAGUCAAAAAUAGCCAGGUUUCAAGUGCUUCUUCCAAAUGUCUGGUCUUUUGAACCAAUGCGCCCAAUUUGUUUGCAUCUUGCUGGUACCGGUGAUCAUUUUUACUGGCGGAGAAGAAUAUUAAUGGCUCGACCACUCCUAAAAGAAGCUGGAAUUGCUUCGAUUCUGCUGGAAAAUCCAUUCUAUGGUCCAAGAAAGCCCAAGAGUCAGAGGCGAUCAAGUUUACAUAAUGUUUCUGACAUAUUUGUGAUGGGUGGAUGCUUAAUUCUCGAAACCCUUGCCUUGUUUCACUGGUGUGAAAGAGAAGGUUUUGGGCCUUUAGGAAUAUCUGGAAUAUCAAUGGGUGGGCAUAUGGCUUCCCUUGCUGGUUGUAGUUGGCAUAAGCCUAUACCAAUUAUACCUUGCCUUUCUUGGACCACAGCUUCCUGUGUUUUUACAGAGGGUGUUAUGAGUGCUGGUAUUCCAUGGCCAUUGCUACAAAAUCAGUACUCUUCAGACCAUGUAUAUCAAGAUGAAAUAUGGAAAAUGCUGCACUCACCAGAAGAGUCAGAUGCCUUUAAAGCUGGUAUCCUUUUCUCUCGGAAUUAUCCUUCAAGCUUAGAAAGAAUGGAACUGUUAAAACAAGAGGAAAAUAGCAAUGACAGAAAUCCACACUUAAAUGAAAAUUCCAUUUUGUAUAGUAAAUCCAAGUCACAUCAGUUGUUAAGCCCAUCUGAACUUUCUAAGUUGGAAGCAUUGAAUUUCAUGAGAGGUAUCAUGGAUGAAUGCACUCAUUUAGGUAAUUUUACUCCACCUGUGGAUCCUAGUCUUUCAAUUGUAGUGACAGCUGAGCAUGAUGCUUAUGUUCCAAGAGAUGGCAUUAAGUCCAUAGGAGAUCUGUGGAAAGGUUGUGAAGUUCGUUACAUUGAUGCAGGACAUAUUACGGCCUUUCUUUUUAAUCAUGGAGUGUUCAGGAAAGCAAUAAUUGAUGCUUUUGAAAAAACAGUUCAGAAAUACCACAGAAGCAGCAUCCUUCUAGAAGACUCAAAAAUUGAGCAAGAUGCAAAUUCUUGACAAUAAUCUUGUUCAUCACUCAUUUAUUUUAGGAAACCGCCUUUAAUUUUUUUUUUUUUUUUAAAUCAUAGUCAUGUAUAUAAAUUAUGUUGAUCUUCCAGCAAUGGAAAAGUUAAUUAAAACAUUCAGAUAGUGAUGGCAGUCAUAUUUUAUAUAUGAAAGUGGAAUUAGAGCUGACAUAUGAAUUGAAUUUGUUAUAUCCGAUGUUUUUAUUGCAAUAUGUUUUAAAUAAAAUGAUUUAUACACAAA